CAGAAAUCAAACUUAAAAUAAACCCUAAACCUCGAGACCACCCAAAUUUCCCUCCAUUUUCCAAUUUUGGGCAAACAAGGAGAUUGAAGAUGUUCUCUCCUGGAACCAAGAGGUCGCAUGGGAGCUCUCGCAGAGAUCCCAGUCUAGGGCACGCCGCGACUGCUUCUCCGGUCACUCCUCUCGCCGAGAACCGCCGCUCCAGCUCCGACAAUUUGGUCCCCCACCGCCCGGCCACGGGCACUCCGGCGCCUUGGGCUCCUCGACUUUCCGUUCUUGCCAGAAUUCCAAUAGUGAACAAGAAUGAGAAAGGGGACGACAUUGAUCCUAUUAAGCCUGUGUACGUUGGAGAAUUCCCCCAGGUGGUGCGUGAUGAGCAGACCAAGUUGCUGCAGAAGCGUGUUCCAGGUGAGGCAUUUAUAUAUGGUGGAAUGGAAAAGGGAAAAUGCAUAGCUUGGAUUAUCUGUGGAAGCAGACUCUUCAUUUGGAGUUACCUAUCUCCUGCUGCAUCAAUGAAAUGUGUUGUUCUUGAAAUCCCUUCAAAUGUUUUAGAGAAUGGGGAUAUUCGCAGAAGUGAUGGUGACACUUGGUCUCUCUGUGCUGUCAAUUGGGAUAUGACAUCUAGUAGAACAAAGAAAGUUGUAGAACAUAACAACUAUGCUGCUAUCGUAUUGUGUAACCAAAAAACACGUGCUGUUAUAUACUGGCGUGACAUAUAUUCUAAAGUGAAAACUGCUCCAGUUAUCAGUACUGCAUCUUCUGACGAAUUGGAGGUGAUUUUUACCACCCUGUCUAGGCAGCAACAUUCAAGUAGGCAGAGGAGUGGUUUGACUGAAUUGUAUUCUUUCAACUCAUUAAUUGCGUCUGCAGUCCCCAAUUCGCAGCAUGUUUGUGUUGCUAUUGCUUCUAGUUCAAAUGGUGAGCUGUGGCAAUUUCUUUGUAGCCCAUCUGGUAUCAAACGACAAAAAGUACAUUGGAAUACUUCGAGUUUAACCUCCCAAGGUGGUGACAAUGGUCAUGUAACAGGAAGCAAAGGUUAUCCAAGGUCUCUGAUCUGGCGUUUUUCACAUUCUUCUGUGCAUGAAUCCAACAGACAGUUUUUUCUUCUGACCGAUCAUGAGAUACAUUGUUUUAAUGUUGAACUUUUUCUUGAUAUAAACGUGUCAAAGGUCUGGUCACAUGAAAUAAUUGGCACUGAUGGCGAUUUGGGUAUUAAGAAAGAUCUAGCUGGACAGAAGCGUGUAUGGCCUCUUGAUGUGCAAGUUGACAUUUAUGGUAAAGUUAUUACUAUUCUGGUCGCCACAUUCUGCAAGGACCGAGUUAGCAGUUCAAGCUACACACAAUAUUCACUUUUGACCAUGCAAUAUAAAUCCGGGGUAAGUACUGAGGUAGGACAUGAAAGGAUUCUAGAGAAAAAAGCUCCCAUCCAAGUGAUAAUCCCAAAAGCAAGAGUGGAAGAUGAAGAUUUCUUGUUCUCAAUGAGACUUCGGGUAGGGGGCAAGCCUUCAGGCUCAACAAUUAUACUUUCCAAUGACGGAACAGCAACAGUCUCUCAUUAUUAUAGAAACUUUACCCGGCUCUAUCAAUUUGACUUACCUUAUGAUGCUGGUAAAGUACUAGAUGCUUCAGUUCUUCCUUCUACAGAUGAUGGUGAAGGGGCAUGGGUUGUACUAACUGAGAAAGCAGGAAUUUGGGCAAUACCAGAGAAGGCUGUUAUUCUUGGUGGUGUUGAACCACCUGAGCGUAGCUUGUCACGUAAAGGUAGCUCAAAUGAAGGAUCUGCACAAGAAGAGAGAAAAAACCUCACAUUUGGAGGUAAUAUGGCUCCUAGAAGGGCUAGCUCUGAAGCACAGGAGCCUGUAGACAGACAAAAGGCAGUUAAAGGUGUGAUUGCAAGGCGAAAUACCCUAGAUGAAGAAUCAGAAACUUUACUAGGUCAACUUUUCCAUGAUUUUCAAUUAUCUGGGCAGGUUGAAGGUUCACUCGAAAAGCUGCAAAAGUCUCGAGCAUUUGAAAGGGGUGAAGAGACAAAUGUUUUUGCAAGGCUGAGCAAAUCAAUUGUUGACACCUUAGCUAAACACUGGACAACAACCAGAGGAGCUGAGAUUUUGGCCAUGGCUGUUGUUUCUUCCCAACUCUUGGAUAAGCAGCAGAAGCAUGAAAAAUUUCUCCAGUUUCUUGCUUUGUCAAAAUGCCAUGAGGAGCUGUGUUCUAGACAGAGACAUUCCUUGCAGAUUAUCUUGGAACAUGGUGAAAAGCUUGCUGGAAUGAUUCAACUGAGAGAAUUGCAAAACGCUAUUAGCCAGAAUCGCUCUGCUGGAAUUGGCUCCUCACAUUCCAGUCAAGAAAUUCAAACAUCAGGUGCUCUUUGGGAUCUUAUUCAAUUAGUAGGGGAAAGAGCUCGGCGAAGUACUGUUCUUCUGAUGGAUAGAGAUAACGCUGAAGUAUUCUACAGUAAGAUUUCAGAUCUGGAAGAAGUAUUUUAUUGCUUAGACAGACAGCUGGAUUAUAUAAUAAGCACAGAGCAGCCAUUUGGAGUUCAAAAUCAGAGAGCUUGUGAACUAUCCAAUGCAUGUGUUGCGAUAGUUCAAACAGCCAUGCACUACAAAAAUGAGCACCAUUUAUGGUAUCCACCACCUGAGGGUCUAACACCAUGGUAUUGUAAACAUGUGGUGCGCAGUGGGAUUUGGAGCAUCGCUUCCUUCAUGCUGCAGCUGCUCAAGGAAGCAUCUACACUUGAUGUGUCUGCAAAAUCAGAUUUAUAUACCCAUCUUGAAGCACUGGCGGAAAUUCUACUUGAAGCAUAUGCUGGUGCCAUCAAAGCUAAAGUUGAGCUUGGAGAAGAUCACAAAGGUCUCUUAGAUGAGUACUGGUGUAGGAGGGAUCUGCUGCUUGACUCGCUGUAUCAACAGGUCAAAGAAUUUGUGGAAGAUGGGCACCAGGAUAUAAGUGAAGAAACUAGUGAGCACAAAAAGGAUUCGCUGAAGAAGUUUUCUUCACAAUUGCUGUCAAUUGCAAACCGGCAUGAAUGCUACAAUACUUUAUGGAAAAUAUGUUGUGAUCUCAAUGAUUCAGAACUUCUUAGGAAUCUAAUGCGUGAGAGCAUGGGACCCAAUGGAGGUUUCAGUUACUUUGUGUUUAAACAACUGUACAAAAGUAGGCAAUUUUCUAAACUUCUAAGACUCGGGGAAGAGUUUCUGGAGGAGCUAUCCAUUUUUCUAAAGCGUCACCAGGAUCUUCUUUGGCUUCACGAACUGUUUCUUCAUCAAUUUUCUUUGGCUUCAGAAACACUUCACCUAUUGGCUCUUUCUCAACAUGAACGUUCAAUGUCAGAAACUGAGGGGACAGACCCCCAUUAUGGAACUAUGGUACCCAAAUUACAAGACAGAAAGCGUCUACUGAAUCUCUCAAAGAUAGCUGCAAUUGCUGGUAAGGGUGAGGAGGCAAAUGUGAAGCGUAUUGAAGCUGAUUUGAAGAUACUAAAGUUGCAGGAAGAAAUAGUAAAAUUCCUUUCUGAUGAUGGAACAAAGCAAUCUGUUGGAGAGCGGUUGCUCAAUCCAGAAGAGCUUAUCAAGCUGUGCCUCGAAAUGAAAAGCCCAGAGCUUGCACUGUGCGCUUUUGAUGUGUUUGCAUGGACUAGCUCCUCCUUCCGUAAGGCCCAUAAGAACCUUUUGGAGGAGUGCUGGAAGAAUGCUGCCGAACAGGAUGAUUGGAGCAAACUUUAUCAGGCUUCCACAAUCGAAGGGUGGACUGAUGAGGAAACCUUGCAGAAUUUGAAGCACACCAUGCUUUUCAAGGCUUCAAGUAGGUGCUAUGGACCUCUAGCUGAAACUUUCGGAGAAGGGUUUGAUCAAGUAUUACCACUGAGACAGGAAACUUCGGAACCUCCUAUCAUGAAGGAUUCAGGUUCUUCAGUCUUAGCGAAUCUGAUGCAGCACAAGGACUACCCUGAAGCCGGCAAGCUGUUACUGACCGCUAUCAUGUUGGGGAGUCUAGAGGAUGACACCGGAGAAGAAGAGGGCACGACCCCAAUGGAGUGAUAUUGACAAGUAUUUUUUAUAUCGUCUGAAUUCUUCUUUCCUUGUAACACUAACUCUGUAGUCUACGUUUUUUCUUUUUUUUUUUUCAAUUAUAUAUGAUUUUUGUUCCUUAAUGAAAAAGGUUAAA